CCGCCUGUCUAUUCCUGGCGCACGAUCAAAACUAUGAUGCUAUUUUUAGGUCCCAGUAUGAGGACGGGGAGAGAAGAAGAAAAAAAACUCACGAAAUAUUUUGAUGUUUGUUUACAAUAAUUAUGUCUCCGCUGUUAAACAAUCAACGUGUUGACUUUUGAUUUAAUGUUAGAGACAACACGAAAAACAUAGCGAGUUAAAAUCUGACGUGUUUUAUUUAUUUUAUCGAAACUGGCUAAAAGCUGAAGCUAACUGAGCUAACUGGUUAGCAUAGCUUUCAAACCCAGCGGUGAUGCGUUUAAGGACACUAUUAAUAAAUGGCAAGGUAACAUUUGACGCUGUGGUUCUGUAACCAGCAGACAGGAUGAUUAAGUUCGUGCUGAUGGUGAACCAGCAGGGUCAGACCAGACUGUCCCGGUACUACGAGCCGGUGGAACUGAGCCGGAGAGCGGCGCUGGAAGCCGCUGUGGUCCGCUGCUGCCUGAGCCGCAACAAGGAGCAAUGUUCAUUUGUGGAGUACAAAGACUUCCGGCUGGUGUAUCGACAAUAUGCUGCUCUUUAUGUGGUGAUGGGAGUCACACACAGUGAGAACGAGCUGUCCAUCUAUGAACUGAUCCAGAACUUUGUGGAAGUUCUGGAUAAAUACUUCAGUCGCGUGAGUGAACUCGAUAUCAUGUUCAACCUGGACUCGGUCCACAUCAUCCUGGACGAGAUGAUCCAGAACGGUCAUGUCGUGGAGACCAACAAGAGCCGCGUCCUCGCUCCGCUCACCGCCAUCAACAAGAUGGUGGACGGAUGAUGGAUUACAAGUCGUCUGAAAUGUUCUUAUAAACUGAAUAAAACUGUUAAAUUUCAUAAA